UUUCUUAUUUUCUUCUUCCACAAUCGAUUUCCACUUUCUCAUCAGAAAAGUAAGAAAAAAACAGAGAAGGUAGCAUCAAUGGGGAUUGGCGAUGUUCUUCCAAAAGAGUACGGAUACGUGGUCAUCGUAGUCGUCCUCUACUGUGUACUAAAUUUCUGGAUGGCAAUCCAAGUAGGCGGAGCUCGCAAGAGGUACAAAAUUCCUUACCCAACACUAUACGCAACUGAGUCCGAAAACAAAGAUGCUAAACUCUUCAACUGUGUUCAGAGAGGCCACCAGAACUCGCUAGAGAUGAUGCCAAUGUACUUCUUACUCAUGAUCCUUGGUGGGAUGAAGCAUCCUUGCAUCUCUACAGCCCUUGGCUUGCUCUACAAUGUUAGCAGAUUCUUCUACUUCAAAGGCUAUUCCACUGGUGAUCCUAUCAACCGCCUCACCAUCGGGAAAUAUGGCUUCUUGGCAAUGCUAGGUCUUGCCGUCUGCACAAUCUCCUUUGCCAUUACACUGCUUCGCUCCUGAUCUUAACGGUCUUUUCUUUGUUAGUUUAAAUGCUUUUGGUUGUUGCUAUACUCUUUUGGUUUCUUACAAGUUUUGUAACAUUGUGAUUACUUUCCCAGAGUCUAAAUGCUCAGUUUUUCUUAGUUGUAAAAUAAAGCCAACUUUCUGGUCAACAGGUGAACAAAAAAUAUUGAUUAAUGGCUCACUUAACAAA